AUGAUUAUAGAGCAUUAUAUAAAUAAUAGCGUCCAAUAUUCUCAUCAGGACCAGUGCCUCGCAAACGAUAAUACGAGAUUAAUCUAUCUUAUAUCGCGGCUGGUAACGCACUUGCACGACUUUGCGCGCGAAACGAGGCUAAGCACUACCGAGUGGAUGGCCGCUCUCGAUUUUCUUAUUAAGUACAAGGAAUUCAUCCUCCUAUCCGAUAUCCUCGGACUAUCCCUCUUAGUUGCUAGUAUUAACCACCCUAAACCCCCGUCUUCUACUAAGUACUCCCUGCUAGGCCCUUUCUAUACGUAUAACGCCCCGAUGUUAGCUAGCAGGGAGAAUAUAUUAGACGACCCGGAAGGGGAGCCCCUACUAGCCCUUUACACCAUGAAGGAUAAUAAGAGAAACCCUAUUCUAGGUGACGUAGACCGUGGUAGUAUCCCGAGCGGACGGUGCGUAAUAGUCUCCGAUUUAGAGGGGAAUUUCCGGUUCCGCGCUAUCCGGCUCGAUAAACUUAUUACGGCGCUUUAUAUCCGCGGCGACCUGUAUAAGUCGUCCGACGCCGUUUUUAGGGUGAAGAAGAGCCUUAUUAUCGACUUAGAUAAGUUAGAUACCGAGAGGGCGAAAAAAUACGACUUUAUUAUUAUAUCAGAAGAGGAGGCUAAGGAGCUUAGAGAUUAG